GCGCCGCACUGCAACAAGGGGAUUGCUCGUGACACUCUAACGUGUCGCGUCACUAGGCCUAGGCGUGCAACAUGGGCGCCGACGGCGAGCUGGAUGUCUUCGACGCCGGCCGCUGCGCCGACGGGUACGCGCUGGGCCUCGCCGUGGGCCGGCGGUUCGCCGACGUCAUCAGGAGCAGGAUGCGGCUGGACCUCGUGCUCCGGGAGCAGCUGCUGCCGUUCGCGUCGACGGCGAAGGCGGCGCCGCUCCUCGCCGCCCUCCAGGCCGCCAACAGGGAGAGGUACCCGCGGUACUGGGACGAGCUGGUGGGCACCGCCGACGGCAGCGGGGUCCCGCUCCUCCACGUCAUCCUGGUCAACUUCAGGAAGGAGAUCCUGCCGUUCAUCCCCAAGGAGGGCGGUGAUCACGGCCGGGAGGAGGAGGAGGAGCCCGACGGCGACUGCUCCGACGUCCUCAUCGUCAGCGUCUCCACGGCGAUCGCCGCGCACAACGAGGACGGGAACGUCGCGCUGCUCGGCCACACGUACCUGGUGCGGGCCACGCUGCCGGACGGCCUGUCCUUCACCGCCUACACCUGUGCCGGCGAGCUCCCGAGCUGCGCCUUCGGGUUCAACAGCAACGGCGUGGCCUUCACGCUCGACUCGGUUCCUCCGGUGAACGACGAGAUCGUCGCCGGCGCCAUUGCCCGGAACUUCGUGUCACGGGACCUGCUAGAGGCGAAGAACCUCGAGGACGCAAUGCACAGGAUCUGCUCACCGGGCGUCUCAGUCGGCCACAGCUACAACCUGAUGGACGUCAGAGGCCGGAGUAUCGUCAACGUCGAGACCGCCUCCGGGAACCGGUUUGCCGUCCACGAGGCCGGCGCCACGCCGUUCUUCCACGCGAACAUGUACCGGCAUCUCCAAGUGAAGCAGGUGCAGGACGAGAACUCCAUGAGCAGGGAGAAGAGAGCAGCGCAGUGUUCAGUGGACUCCAAGGAAACGGCACUUUCACUGCUGGGAGAUACAGCUGAUGACAAGUACCCAAUCUACAUGACAGGGCCAACAUUGCACACUCUAUGCACCGUCUUAGUUGACCUCGACAAGAAGACGAUGGCCAUAUACAAAGGAAAUCCGAAGAACGGAGAAAUGGCUCUUGUUCUUCCUAUGUUAUGAAACUAAGGAAAUCAGCCCAAUUCUUGUGUGAGAACUUGAGCAGCUCUCCCAAUUCCUAUUUCUAUCUGUACCUGAAAGCUACACAGAUUUUGGACACUGCAGGUGCCAUUCAUUGAAUCGUUGAGCAUAAUUUCUUUUCCUAAACACAUAAAA